AUGAAACAAUCACCUCUUGAUCUCCAGAGCCAGCUACAGAUGAAGCAGGAGGAGGACAUAUUGCCUGGAAUAGAGAAUUGCAGAGAGGAAUCAGGGACCCAGCUAAAACGGGAGGUGGUCCACCUUGAUGAAGGGGAGAAUGAAACUUUUGAAGCAAAAAUCUGUGAUAUUCAGCAUCAAGUGGAAGAUGCUCAGAAUAAGGAUGAGCUAAUUGAAAAGCAAAACAGGGAAAUCUCUCCUAAGCAGGAAAUUAUUAAGGAGUAUAACAAACUCCAAACCGAUAUGAAUCAAAUACUCCUUGAAAACAGGACCUGUCAUGAAAACAAUGCUGAGCUCCAGUCAGAGGUAAGGGCACUUGAGGUGGAGUUAAAUGAGCUAAGGGCCAAAGAGAGGAACUAUACGAAACAACAAGAAGAGCUUCAUAAAGUGCAUAGCCAGUUGGAGGGGCUAAAUUCUGAGUUGGGUGUAAAGAUACUGGAGGUAACUGAGCUGAAGACUGAGAACAGCAGACUGCAGGAGUCAGUCAGUAAAAUCCCAGAGAUUAAGGAAGAACUAGCCCAGGUCUCUAACCUUUUGUCCCAGGAGCAAAGUCUUAGGCAGAAAAACGACAUUUACAUAAGACAGUUAGAGGAGGAAAAAUUGGUUCUGAGCCAGACGAAAGAUAACAUUACUGUUGAUCUGACCCGGCUUGAAUCUCUGCGAGAGAGCCAAAGAAUUGAAAAUGAAAAUCUGUUGGCAGAGAUUCAUAUUCUAAAGGAAAAUGAGAAAGGAAUAAAUGAGAAGAACAAGAGCCUCACUGCUGAGCUGACUCAUCUUGAACAUAUAAAGCAAGGAGAGAUUGAAAGUCUGAGAGCAGCAGUGAGUGAUCUACAGUGUCAAGUUGAGGAUGCUCAGCAAGUAAACUUGAAAAAAGGGGAGCAAUGUGAAAAGCAAAACAGUGAAAUUGCUAAUCAGCAGCAAGUGAUGGAGGUGUUAGAUACACUCAAAAUCGAUAUGAAACAAACACUCCUUGUUUUUAAGAACCAGCUGGAGAUGUGGCAGUUGGAUGACUUGAUGCCUGGAAUAGAGAAUAUCAGAGAGGAAUCUGGGGCUUUUGGUGAAAAUUUAGCACAACUGGAAAUGCCUGAGGGGCAGAGAGAUGAGAAUCUACAGGAGAUGCCUGCUGCAGGACCUCAACAGCUGGACACUCCUGUAGAGAAGGCUCAGCAAGACAACAGUGAUAAGGAUGGGCUGCUAGAAAAGGUUGUUGAACUUAAACACCUAACAGAGAAACUGCAGAGCGAGAACAAGAUGUUGUUGGCAACAGUGCAGAAUCUGCAGGGAGGUCUGAACUCUCUGGGUGAUCAGAAUAUGACCAUCAAUGCUGAGUUAGUCCUGCUUGAAUCUCAGACAGAGAAAAAAGAGGCAGAGAAUGACAAUCUGAAGGCAGAAAUUUAUGCUCUGCAGGCGAAAGAGAAAAUGUUAAAUGAGAAGAACAACAACCUCAUUGAUGAAGUGGCCGACCUCGAAUAUGUGAGAGAGAGAAAUCAACAACAGAUUGAGAGUCUGAGAGCAGCAGUCUGUGAUCUUCAGUGCCAAGUGAAAGAGUCUCAGGAAGUCCACAGGGAUAAAGAGGAGGUAACACAGAAGCUGACACAUGUAGAGUCUCUCAUGGAGAAAAAACAGAUAGAGAUGGAAAAGUUGAGGACAGCACUGCAUCAUCUUCAGGAAAAGGAAGAAUUUCUGAAUGAGCAGAAUAACAUGGUUACAGCUGAGCUGGCCCAACUGGAGUCUCUGAAAGAGAAACAGAAUGAAGAGAAUAAAAAGCUGAAGACAGCCGUGCAAGAUCUUCAGUACCGAGUGGAGGAGACUCAUCUACUAAUCUUGAAUAAAGAUGAGCUAAUUGCAAAGCAAAACAAUGAAAUUGCUUAUAAGCAGCAACUGGUAGAGGAGUAUUAUACACUCACAACGGAAAUCAGACAGUCACUCCAUGAUCUUGAGAACCAGCUAGAGAUGAGGCAGGAGGAGGAAAAACUGGCUGGAAUAAAGAAUUUCAGAGAGGAAUCAAGGUUUUUUUUUGAAACUACGGAACAACUGGAAAUGCCUGAGGAGCAGAGAGAUGAGAGCCUACAGGCGACACCUGCUGCAGAACCUCAACAGCUAGAGACUCCUGUUAGAGAACCUCAACAGCUGGAGACCCUUGCUGCAGAACCUCAACAGCUGAAGACUCCUGUUAGAGAACCUCAGUGGUGUCAUUCUGCUAAACGGCUACUGAAUGUAGGUUUGCAUAUUGGCAUUGCCACAGUGGCUACGCUUAUUCCUGCAGCUAUCCUGACCACACAACUGACUGCCAACUGCAGCACAAACCCUAGCUGCUGUGAGUGUGCCUUCCAGCUGCUAGAGCCCUAUUGCCAAUUCCAACAAGGACAACGUCCCAUUUAA